AAAGAAGGAAUGAUAUUGUUAGAAUGAUUUUCAGAACGAUUUUUCUAAGUGAUGAACAACAAACAUUGACAGCCAAUCAGAAUCUAUCCUGCUUUAAAGAGCGCGAACAUGUCGUGCGGACUGUUACGCGCGCGCUGCGGUGAACGCUAAUAUUGAUCGCUAUAAUAAUAGUUCUUGUGUAAACCGCCCUUUAUAGCUAAGAGUAGCGGAGCACUAUUAGAAGGAUAUAAUUGUAAGCAAUUUCUGAACGAUUUAAUUUCUAGCUGAUGAACGAUAAUAGUGGCGAUCAGAAUCCAUCCGAUUCAAAGCAGUAGAGGACCAAACAAAUAAAACAAGAACGCGUUUAAAAUGAACAAAACGCUAUUUAGUUAUAACUGUCCAAGAACAUUGUAGUAAUGUUCCAUUUAAAAAGGAACAGAAAAGCAAGACACGUGGUAUUAUGGUGUUUCUGUAGGUGUGCGCGUGGCUCUGAUAUUCCAGAUGAGCGUGACGCAGGAGUUCCUCAUUAAGCUAAUGGACUGAUCUGAGAUCUGAUACAGUCGAGCACAUCAGAUCACUUACAGAUCCGAUCUGAACGCGCGUCGGACCAAAGCGAGCGAAGCAUAACGUUACAACGCGCCGUCGACGCUCCGCGACGCAGACGUGAUGUAGAGACGCGCCGCAGGUGAGACAUCUGAUGCUCGGCUGCCGGAGAUGAGAUCCGCGGACGGCGCUCGGGUGAUGCUGGUGUGAGGAAGAUGAUGUUUAUGGUGUCUGGAGCGGCUCUGGUGCUGUUUUGGUGUUUUCCAGGCCAUCGUGUGUGUGUCCGACAUGAACGCGCUGCUCGACCGAUUUCACAACUUCAUCCUGCCGCGCAUGCGCGGACCCGAGCGCGUGUGUCACUGCACCUGCGGCAGGCACCGUGUGGAGCACGUGAUCCCGUACGAGGGCUCGGUCUCGGCCAGCUCCGUGGGCUCGUCAGGGGGGAGCAGCGUGAGCAAGCAGGAGCUGGACCUGGUGCUGGGUCUCCUGAUGGGCUUCUGCAUCAGCUGGAUCCUGCUGUGGCUGGACAGAGCUCUUCACUGCGCACUGCGCUUCUGGAGGUCCAGCAGACACUGCGGUGCAGACGGUGAUCUGUGGCGCUGGGUGUCGCGUGUGUGGAACCUGAGAGAGCUGCGCAGACGACUGCAGUCGCGCCGGACGGAGGAUGCCGGGAAUAACGUGGUGCAGGUCAAACAGAGGCUGUACCACAACGGUCAUCCGAGCCCUCGCCGCCUCUGACAGACUCCGCCCCUGAGCCUUUGUCGCCUCUGAAAGACUCCGCCCCUCCUCUGACAGACUCCGCCCCCAAGCCCCUCACCACCUCUGACAGACUCCGCCCCUCCUCUGACAGAAUCCACCCCCAAGCCUUUUCUGCCUCUGACAGACCCCGCCCCUCCUCUGACAGACUCUGCCCGAGCCCUCGCUCACUCUGACAGACUCCACCCCUCCUAUAACAGACUCCGCUCCCGAACCCCUCGCCGCCUCUGGCAGACUCCACCCCCUCCUCUGACAGACUCCACCCCCAAGUCCUCGCCGCCUCCGGCAGACUCCACCCCCUCCUCUGACUGACUCCACCCCCAAGUCCUCGCCGCUUCUGGCAGACUCUGCCCCCUCCUCUGACAGACUCCACCCCUCAGCCCUCGUCUCCUCGGACAGACUCCGCCCCCUCCUGCUCGCUGUGUGUUUUUACUGGUUUACCGAGUGUUAGUUUUGUAGGGCUCUACACGUCACCAGGGUGGGAGGGGUUUGCAUUUUUUAGACCAAUCUUUGUGUACCGGGUAACAUUGUCUGUUUUAGAAACACGGCAUGCUGGGUAAUCUUCAGUGACGGUGUUUUCGAUGAGAUGUGCUGCUGUAUUCAGUGUUUGUGUGACAUUAAAGUGACUCGUAUGAUGCCGUCA